GCAAGAUGCCACGCGAGAGGACCGUGCGGCUGCAGUACGGGAGCCGCGUGGAGGCGGUGUAUGUGCUGGGCACGCCACUCUGGACGGAUGUCUACAGCGCAGCCCCGGCUGGAGCAAGCACCUUCAGCCUGAAGCACUCGGAGGGCGUGCAGGUAGAGGUGGUCCGCGAUGGGGAGGCUGAGGAGGUUGUCACCAACGGCAAGCAGCGCUGGUCCCUCUCACCCAGCACCACGCUGCGGCUCACCAUGAGUCAAGCAAGCACCGAGGCCAGCAGCGACAAGGUCACUGUCAACUACUAUGAAGAGGAGGGGACUGCUCCCAUUGACCAGGCUGGCCUCUUCCUCACAGCCAUUGAGAUCUCCCUGGACGUGGAUGCAGACCGGGACGGCGUGGUGGAGAAGAACAAUCCGAAGAAGGCAUCCUGGACCUGGGGUCCUGAGGGCCAAGGGGCCAUCUUGCUGGUGAACUGUGACCGAGACACACCCUGGCUGCCCAAGGAGGACUGCAGUGAUGAGAAGGUCUACAGCAAGCAAGACCUCAAGGACAUGUCUCAGAUGAUCCUGCGGACCAAGGGCCCAGACCGCCUGCCCGCCGGCUAUGAGAUGGUCCUCUAUAUUUCCAUGUCGGACUCAGACAAAGUGGGCGUGUUCUACGUGGAGAAUCCAUUCUUCGGGCAGCGUUACAUCCAUAUCCUGGGCCGGCAGAAGCUCUACCACGUGGUCAAGUACACAGGCGGCUCCGCCGAGCUGCUGUUCUUUGUGGAGGGCCUCUGUUUCCCCGACGAGAGCUUCUCGGGCCUGGUCUCCAUCCAUGUGAGCCUGCUGGAGUACAUGGCUGAGGGGAUUCCUCUGACACCCAUCUUCACGGACACCGUGAUAUUCCGGAUUGCACCUUGGAUCAUGACCCCCAACAUCCUGCCCCCCGUGUCGGUGUUUGUGUGCUGCAUGAAAGACAACUACCUAUUCCUGAAAGAAGUGAAGAACCUGGUGGAGAAAACCAACUGCGAACUGAAGGUCUGCUUCCAGUAUAUGAACCGCGGCGACCGCUGGAUCCAGGAUGAAAUCGAGUUUGGCUACAUCGAGGCCCCGCACAAAGGCUUCCCGGUGGUGUUGGACUCCCCGCGUGACGGGAACCUGAAAGACUUCCCCAUUAAGCAGCUCCUGGGUCCAGAUUUUGGCUACGUGACCCGGGAGCCCCUCUUCGAGACUGUCACCAGCCUUGAUUCCUUCGGGAACCUGGAAGUCAGUCCCCCCGUGACCGUGAACGGCAAGACUUAUCCCCUUGGCCGGAUCCUUGUUGGGAGCAGUUUCCCUCUGUCUGGCGGUCGGAGGAUGACCAAGGUGGUCCUUGACUUCCUGAGGGCCCAGCAGGUGCAGGCCCCUGUGGAACUCUACUCAGACUGGCUGACCGUAGGCCAUGUGGACGAGUUCAUGACCUUCGUCCCCAUCCCAGGCACCCAGGAAUUCCGCUUGCUCAUGGCCAGCACCUCAGCCUGCUACAAGCUCUUCCGAGAGAAGCAGAGGGAAGGCCACGGGGAGGCCAUCAUGUUCAAAGGCUUGGGAGGCAUGAGCAGCAAGCGGAUCACAGUCAACAAGAUCUUGUCCAACGAGAGCCUCGUGCAAGAGAACCUGUACUUCCAGCGCUGCCUGGACUGGAACCGGGACAUCCUCAAGAAGGAGCUGGGACUGACGGAGAGGGACAUCAUUGACCUGCCUGCCCUGUUUAAGAUGGAUGAGGACCGCCAGGCCAGGGCCUUCUUCCCCAACAUGGUGAACAUGAUUGUGCUCAACAAGGACCUCGGCAUCCCCAAGCCCUUCGGGCCACAGGUGGAGGAGGAGUGCUUUCUGGAAACACACGUGCGAGGCCUGCUGGAGCCCCUGGGUCUCGCCUGCACCUUCAUCGAUGACAUCUCUGCCUACCACAAGUUUCUGGGGGAGGUGCACUGUGGCACCAACGUCCGCAGGAAGCCCUUCCCCUUCAAGUGGUGGCACAUGGUGCCCUGACCAGCAGAGACCCUGGCGUUCUCUCCUUCCUUGGGGUCUCCAGGCCUCUGGUGCCCCCAAAUCUUUCCCCUGCCUGACCCAGACUGGUGGUCUCACCAGGAGACCUUCAGGAAGUGGGUGGGAUUUGGAGUACCUGUACCUUGUCCUCCCUGGGAAGGGCCUGGUGGGGGGGGUCCACUGAAGCCAUCCCCAGUGAGCCCAGCUAUUCCCCCUGAAAACAGCUGGGCACAUGGCCAGUGUCUGCAGAGCCCUGACAUGAGAAACCAAACCAUCCGCAGAAGUCAUGUAGUCAAACUGUUCCCCAAGAAUUCUUAGUCCAUACUCCAGAUCAGAAUGAGGUCGAAAGGGAAGGAGGUUCUGAGCUUGCUGGCUCUUCCAAAAGCUGUGCUCUGAAGGUCAAAGUAGAACGUGUGAUCAGGGGACCCUUAGGCUCUGGUACACUUUGAUGGUAUAUUCAUCAUGUCAAACUCACCCACCUGAGGCCUCCACAUGGCAGCCUCCAAUCAUUCCUUCCUUCCCCUACCUUGUGGCUGCUUUCUGCAGUGCAUACCCCAACUCCCUGCAUCCCGACUCCCCACAUCCCAAGGGUCCAAUCAUUCAGCUCGCAACCUUCCCCGGAACAGAUCUUAUCAGAGUGGAAGUCUCUACUCGAUAUGGAGAUGUGGGCACAGGCUGUUUCCACGUACACAGCUCUCUCCCUACACAACAUCACUGACCACAGUUCAGUAUGUAAAGAUGCCCCUUUCAACGCACCUGUCUUCUCUUUCCUGGCCCUCAUUUCUCUGGUCAGCCCCUCCUUCCCACCACCCCCACUCCCUUCCUUUCCUGCGCCACCCUUCCAGGCAGCCAGAUGGGAGCUUCACUGCCACCUGCCACAUUCAUACCACCCCAGGGCAUGAGAAGACCUGUCCUUCCUCCAGGACAAUGACCCUGUGCCCAAGGAUGCUGGCCUGGCUGCCAGUUCCCAUCCAGCUACUGCCUUGGAAGUGGAAUUCCCUGGUGCAUUUCCAAAACCUCUCCCGUCCAUAACCAGACCCAUCCCCUGCCUCCAGCGGAAGCGACUCAAUUAGGAAAAACCGCUUUAGGGAAUGAUGAUUCCACUUUGAAGGUUUGAAAAAUCCCAUUUUAUAACCAAUAAAAGGGUUGCACAUUUGCAUCUUAGGGGAACAGGACUGUCAUUUUGGAUUGUUUUAUUCAGCCGCAGUAUUGGGCUCUGAGAACAUACUAACUGGCCAUGGAUUCAGUUGUCCCCAACUAGCAGAGCCUAUAUUUAAAAGGCCAACUUUUGUCAUUUUUGUGAUAUGCUCCUUAGAAAUGCUCAAGGCGUAAGCCAGUCUUGAUGAAAUGGGUUGGGGGGACUCAUGUCAACAGACCUCUCCCUUUCCAUUCACCUGGGCAACACCACUGAUCAGAUCAGGGCCCAGAACCUCAGAAGCUACUGUCCCCCAUCUGGGUACAGUGACUCCCACCCCUGAGAUCCCACGUCCCCAUCUCUCUCCAGCCCAUUUGCUAAAAACACAAGUACCUCUCUGAGGGUGUUUAGAUAGGGACUUUGUCCUGUGUGAGUUUGUUUAAUGUGGGUUUGUUUUUUAUUUUUAUCUAAUCUACAUAAGAGGAAGUAAGUGCCUCCCACGUGGAGACAGUGUGUCUUUGCAGAUGGUCCCAAAACUCUCCCCGCCAUGAGGCAGUCAUUUCUAAAGUCUCUGGAGGCCCCAGGACUCAGGCACCAUCUGUCCCAUCUCACUAGCGCACUCAGCGCGGAUGCACCCUGCGGGCUCGGCACUCAUCGCACCUCCACUUUCUAUAAGUGUGGAUCGAGAUAGGCUGCUGGGUUGCAAAAGCCAGCCAGGUUCCUGUUUCAGUCUCGAUUUUGAAAUAGUCAGUGAGGGGCAGGGGCGCAAGGAAGAUGCAAGGAGCUGGCUGGGCAGUUUCAUGUUUCUGGAAAAGACGCGAUGGCGAUCAUAAGGUGUGUCAGGAAGAGCCUGACUAAACAAUAAAACGAACUGUCCAAGGGGA